GAUUGUACGGACGGACAAUAAGUUGAUUUUCAAAACAAUCAUGUUUGGGAUACACUAAAAAGUGUACCUCAAGUUGUACCCUAAAAGGAUGCAUUGGUAUUUUAACAGUUCACACUCUUAGUUUGAUAAAAAAAUUUGCACUCCCUAGAAAUAACUUAAAUCUUUUCAAAUUGUAAGUCAAAUACCCUGCCUUUUUUAUACACGGGGAACUCUCCGCCCGACCUCGCCACUCCGCUUGCCGGCGACGUCAAGGAGCGUAAACCACACUGCCCAGCAGACAGCGCGUUUCUGCGGCUCAGCCCUCCCGCUCCGCCUGCGCCCCUCCGGUCUCUAGGCAAAAACCAUUCUGUAUUUCAAUCUAUCAUUCUUGAGAACUGGAGGUUGUAGGGCAUGCUCUUCUCUUCCUCAUUGUGUCUGAAGCUCCCACCUCCCGACUCCGGCGUCCUCUGCCGCGCUCCUUCUACAAUUAAUCACCUCUUAUAUUCUUCAACAACCUCAACUCCUUCCAGAUUCUCCCAACUCCUGAAACGAUGCAAGUCUUGUGUCAAGGCCAAGUUCAUUGUUUCCGGCGCCGCCGAUCGGGAAACCGCCCGCUCACAGCUGGUUUUCUGGUGGAACAAUCUGAUCAAGCGAUGCGUCUUCCUUCGCUUUUACGACCAUGCUGUUUCCCUGUUCCGCGAGAUGGUGAGGCUGCAGUGGGCCCCAGAUGGGUACACUCUCCCUUACGUGCUCAAGGCUUGUGGGGAGCUUUCCUCCUUACGUAUUGGAGAGUCUGUCCACGCUUUCUGCUUGGUGACUGGGAAUGACAACAAUGUCUACGUUUGCAACAGUGCCAUAGCAAUGUAUGGGAGGUGCGGCGCUCUGGGUCACGCACACAAGGUGUUCGACGAAACAGUUGUGAGAGGAAUUCACGAUGUCAUUUCGUGGAACUCCAUUGUAGCUGCUUACACGCAUGGUAAAGAAUUCGGGAGAGCUAUGGGGCUAUUCGGUUCCAUGAUUUCAAGAUGCAAUAUUGAACUUCGCCCUGACGUGAUUAGUUUAGUUAAUGUGCUACCAGCAUGUGCUCCUACUAGGGAAUGGAAGCUAGGCAAACAAGUCCAUGGAUAUGCUAUUCAUUCCGGUUUAUACGAGGAUGUUUUUGUGGGUAAUGCCAUCGUGGACAUGUAUGCCAAGUGUGAGCAAAUGAAUGAGGCCAACAAAGUGUUUGAGCGUAUGGAGGUGAAAGAUGUGGUUUCUUGGAAUGCAAUGGUCACUGGGUUCUCCCAGAUUGGGAAAUUCAACGAGGCGUUAGGAUUGUUUGAAAGAAUGAGACAACAAGAGAUUGAUUUGAAUGUUAUCACGUGGAGUGCUGUAAUUGCAGGGUAUGCCCAGAGGGGCCUUGGAUAUGAAGCUCUUAACGUCUUCCGGGAAAUGAUCCUUUCUGGGACAAACCCUAACGUUGUCACCCUUUCCUCUGUUCUAUCUGGUUGUGCUUCUGUCGGAGCAUUGAAUCAAGGGAAAGAGACUCAUUGCUAUGCCAUCAAACAGAUUUUGAGUCAGCAGGGGGAUAAUGAGUCCGACGAGGAUUACAAAAUGGGCAUUAAUAGUCUUAUAGAUAUGUAUGCAAAGUGCAAGAAUGUAGAGGUGGCGCGUGCCAUCUUUGACAAUAUUGAAUGGAGAGACCGUAAUAUAGUGACUUGGACCGUCAUGAUUGGUGCAUACGCCCAGCACGGAGAUGCCAACGAGGCAUUGAAACUCUUCUCAUUGAUGAUGAAGGAAAAUCGUUCCUUUUUAAUACCGAACGGGUUCACGUUAUCUUGUGCUUUGAUGGCUUCUGCCCGUUUGUCUUCUCUCAGGGCUGGCAAGCAGAUUCAUGGGUACAUUUUGCGCAACCAGUGUGAAACUUGGAUGUUGUUUGUGUCUAAUUGUCUCAUUGACAUGUACGCAAAAGCUGGUGACAUUGAUACAGCGAGAACAGUGUUUGAUACCAUGGCCCUCAGGAACACUGUUUCUUGGACCUCACUGAUGACAGGAUAUGGAAUGCACGGCCGGGGAGAGGAUGCUCUUCGUGUGUUUGAAACAAUGCAGCAGAGAGACCUGGAGAUCGACGGUGUGACUUUUUUGGUCGUGUUGUAUGCAUGCAGCCAUUCAGGCAUGGUUGACAAUGGGAUGGAUUACUUCAACAACAUGAGGAGAGAUCACGGAGUCGUUCCUGAGAUUGAACAUUAUGCCUGCAUGGUUGACCUUUUGGGACGUGCCGGUCGUUUGGAUGAAGCACUGGAGCUGAUACGCAACAUGCCCAUGGACCCCACCUCAAUAAUUUGGUUCUCUUUGCUUAGUGCUUGCAGGGUUCAUAAGAACGUAGACAUUGCAGAACACGCAGCAGGCAAACUGUCAGAGUUGGAAGCAGAGAAUGACGGGUCCUACACGCUACUUUCAAACAUAUACGCGAACGCCAAACGUUGGAAAGACGUGGCCCGCGUAAGGUCUCUAAUGAAACACUCUGGGAUCAAGAAGAGACCCGGGUGCAGUUGGGUUCAAGGAAAGAAAGGGACUUCAGUGUUCUUUGUGGGAGACAGAAGUCACCCAAUGUCUCAUGAAACAUACAAUCUCCUCUCCGACUUGAUCAGUCGUGUCAAAGGGAUGGGAUAUGUCCCAGAAAUUAGCUUUGCCCUACACGAUGUGGAUGAUGAAGAGAAAGGGGACCUGCUCUCGGAACACAGCGAGAAGUUGGCAUUGGCUUAUGGGAUUCUCACAUCUGCCCCUGGGGUGCCGAUUAGGAUAACGAAGAACCUCCGUGUUUGUGGGGAUUGUCAUUUGGCCAUUACGUAUAUUUCUAAGAUCGUUGAUCAUGAAAUCAUUUUGAGAGAUUCGAGCCGUUUCCAUCAUUUCAAGAACGGAUCUUGCUCCUGCAAAGGAUAUUGGUAGUCAGGUCAGGUGAUGCUCUGCUUUUGUGCUCUUUGUUUUUUUAAAAAAAUUUACUCAUACUCCUCUGUCUUUGCAAGAAUCUUAGAGUAUUUAGUUUUACGGAAAUUAAGAAAAAUGUUGGAAAAGAUGAUGAAAAGUGAAAAAAAUGUAUAGUUGAAAUUUAUAUCCUCUUUGGCCUCCCUAUUGAAAUUUAAAUGAAGAAAAGAAUGAAGUACUUGAUGCAAU